UCGUCCGUCAUAUGUGAAGCGAAAAGGAAGACUGAAUUAUCUGCAGGAGAAUAAAUGAAGAAUCUAUUUUUCACCACUUGGAAGUGAUAAACAUUUUACAUCAUGAAUCGCAGCUAACCUCGUUGUGGCUAAUUCAUGAUAAGCUCCGAGGCGGUAUUUCUGUAUUUUUGUUAGCCGUUAACGCCUCGCUCGCUGUCUCUGUCUGACUGCAGACUUUCCAAACACUCACCGCUUUUGUGGCGAUGACUACGGAUUUACUGUCUGACCUGGACAGCCGAUUCUUCGCAGAUAAUCUGCUAACGAGCGAAGAUUGGGAUGCCUGCCUGUAUCAGUGUGAGAGCAUGGAGGAGGGCGAUGAUUCAGACUUCAGCCGGGGGUUGAAAUACGACGCAGCGUUCGACAAUGAUCUCGUUCUCACGCUGGAUCCUGAUAACCGCACGUCGCCGUGGCGACACCUUGACGACAACCUUCUCACAGGAGACGCCCCUGUGAUAAAGAAUGAAAUGAGAAUAGCAGAGCCGUUACCUGUGGAAAUGUUGUUUCAAGUGAAAGCAGAGCCUCCUUCUCCAGCAUCCUCCCUGGAGUCUGACCGUUCAUCCCCCGACCCACAGAUCACAGUGAAAGGGGAAAACCCCCCGACUCCUCCGUACAUGUAUGGAGACGUGUUGUCCCCCCCUCUGGGAACCAUGGAAGUUACAGUGGCGACCACGUCGUUGCCCCCACCUCAGAGCCAGAUUCCCACCGUGACGCAGACGGCGUUAACCACGUCUGUCAUCAGCAGCAUUCAGACACAGACUGCAGUCCUGCAGAGCUCAGCAACGUUAAAAGCCAGCAGCAUCCUGAGUACGAAACCUCCCAUCCAGCCUCGACCUGUGUGUGUCACCACACUUCCUGUGACCCCGGCCCCCACAACCACAAAGACUCUGAUACUGCAGGGUCUCCCCUCUGUGGACCAAGCGAGGCCUGUCGUCCUCUCCCCGCCCGUCUGCCUCAGCUCGGCUCCGGCCAUCGUGAAAAUGGAGCCCGUCUCUCCCAGCGUGUCCCAGCACUGCUCCAGCCCGGUCGCCUCCUCCACCGCCAGCAAACCCAUUGUCCAAACCACGGCGUUGCCCGGCAACAACUCCAGCGACAUCGAUAUGAAGGUGUUGAAGCGACAACAGCGAAUGAUCAAGAACCGAGAAUCUGCGUGCCAAUCCAGAAAGAAAAAGAAGGAGUAUCUGCAGAACCUGGAGGCUCAGCUGAGGGAGGCGCAGCAGGAGAACGAAAGACUUCGCAAGGAGAACCAGGCACUGAGGGAGAGACUGGCUGGGAAGGAGGGCAGCGAGUCAACAAGUAACAAGAGAGCCGUGUGCGUCAUGGCGGUUCUGCUGUUUAUGACCUUCAGCUUUGGACCCGUCAGCAUCACAGACAGGAAGCUGUCCGAGGCUCUACAGGAAGACGAGGUGUCGUACACGGGACGGAAGCUGCUGGAAAUCGAGCAGCAGCUGAAGGCCGCUCCUCAGCCUCACGCCAGAGUGGAAGACAAGGCGGAGUCGGAGGAGGACGGAGGAGACGAGCGCUGGAGGAGAGGACAGGUGGAGGGAUACGAGUCCGAUCAGUUUAGAAACCUGAGCAGCAUGUUCGGAGACCUGAAGGACCUGGGCCUGCAGGACAUCGACCGCUUCUUCGCCUCCUCAGACUGUCGGCAGUUCAACCGCUCCGAGUCUCUCAGACUUGCAGAUGAGCUCAGAGGCUGGGUCCAUCGACAUCAAACAAUUCGGAAGAAGACGGGAGGAAAAACAAAGACGGCCAAGAAAGCAAAUAUUGCACAGAAAGCUCAGCUGAGGAAGACGAACUUCUCCAGAUAUCUGCCCAUCCAAGCCCACCGCUCCAUAGAGAGUCAGCUGCAGGUUCUCUCUGGUCCGGAGGUCACGUACAGCGACUUCCUGGACGCCAUCGAUCGCCGAGAGGACACGUUUUACGUCGUCUCAUUCAGACGGGACCACCUCUUACUGCCGGCCAUCAGCCACAACAAAACCAGCCGGCCCAAAAUGUCGCUGGUGAUGCCCGCCAUGUCGGUUAACGAGAGCCUGUACAACUCCUCGCGGGGCUAUGAGAUGAUGAUGCAGGUGGACUGCGAGGUCAUGGACACGCGGAUUAUCCCCAUCAAGUCGUCCGCCGUCCCCCCGUCUCUCCGCGAUCCGCCCCCGCCUCCCCCCUCCUCCCAGCACGGCGCCCACCAUCACCACGGCAACAACACAUCGCUCCGAGGUCGCCACCAGCACCACCCCUCCUCGUCUUCUCCCAGACGGUCUUUACCGCCCGCAGACGUCUGAUCGAGGAGGUGUUGCCAUGGUGAUGGUGGCACGAGGAGGAGGUAGGAACAGUCAGAAAAUUGUCACUGAAAACGAUGAACUACUUUGGAUUUCCAGCUUGAGCUUCUUCAGACUUUUUGUCUGACUUCCUGGUUCCUUACAGUCCAGCAGGGGGCGCUGUGGGGAUCACAACCUCUGGCCCUUUUCAGAGUUUCUGCUCUGCCCUAUUCCAGUUUGGAGAGCUCCGUUCUUCAUCCAGAACCGAGGAUUUUUGCAUAUUUACGUCCCUCCGGUUCCUUUUCAGUCCAAAUGUACAGAAAUGUGACGAUAAACGUCUCAAAAGUCGAUGGAACUGAUUAGGAUAGUGUUGCUUUUAAUCUGUCGGCAUACUUACCCCAAGGUGUAACUUUUUAGGCAACUAGUCCUUUCAAAAUAAAAUACGCAAAUAUUAUAGUAAAGAAAAGGAUGUACAGAUUUGUAAAUAAAGGAAAAUAUAAGUACCGGUAAUUGCGGUCCUGAGAGGUUGAAGGCCUCCACUCAUUUAUUAAAGGAACUGUUCUUCUUCAUCUGCAGGAAAAUAUGAAGUCAGCUCCGACAGCGGCUGAAAAAACCAUAAAUCCUUUAAGAAACAUAAUCACAUUCUGCUAAAACUGUUGGGACAUUUAUUUGUUUCAGACAACAAAAACCUUCUAGUUUCCUCUAACGGUGUAAAAAUGUAUGUAAUUAUGUGGAAGUUUCAGAUAAAACCACUUUAGACGAUCCUGUCUUACGUGCCAGCUGUCAGAUUCAUCCUUUUUUUGGUUUUUCUACUAUUUAACUGUUGUAAAUAUCCGUGUAGAUAUUUUCUUCUUAUAUAUUUUUUUCACUUUUUUUUAUAUUUUUAUGUUCACAAAUAUUACAGAAAAUUCUUCUGUUGUUUUUGUCCAAUGAUUGUAAAUAGUAAACUUUUUAAAGUCUGCUGUGAUCGCAUCUGUCCAUAAAUAUACUGACUGAAUAAAAAACAAAAAAUGAAAA